AUUGUCGGUCACCCAGAAGUGUUUCCACGUUAGUUGUGCGCAGGGCAGGUUGGAGAGAGGACUCACCUUAAAUUCUCAAUCCGAGAGCCAAAACAGUAGUGCCCCCCCACCCACAUUUUCACCUGGUAUUCAGGCUACUGUGUGGCGAAGGAUACACUUGUUUUUUGGGGGUUUUUUUUCUUUUCUUUUCUUUAGGUUUUGUGGUACAAGUUUCUCGGACAUCGGACGUCCGCUGCCUUUCCAAUGAGCGUCAGACGCGUCUGCUUUCUCGCCGUCCUGUCCGGACUCGCAGCUUCAGGUGUGCUGCAGGUCAGCGGGAUGCGUGUGUACACGUCCAGGGAUAUGGAGGCAGUCAAUGGGACAGAUGUUCGUCUGAAGUGUGUGUUCCAGAGCUCCUCUCCCAUCAACCCCUCCAAAAUCACCGUCUCCUGGAGCUUCAGACCCCUCGGACCUGGCCGAGAGGAGUCGGUCUUCUACUACGCUGAGCGACCGUACCCGCCUCCCGAUGGCCGUUUCAGGAAGCGCGCCAUAUGGGCCGGUGACAUCAUGGGCCGUGAUGCCUCGAUCAUAGUGCGAGAGGUCAAGUUCACCUACAACGGUACCUUCAGCUGCCAGGUGAAGAACCCACCUGAUGUUCACGGCAACGCCGGGGAGAUUCGGCUACGUGUCGUCACCACAGCCUCAUUCUCCGAGCUUCUGAUUCUGGCGGUGGCCAUCGGAAGUGCAAUAGGUUUUGUGGUCCUGCUCCUCGUCAUCAUCGUGUCGUGCCGGAGGUGCAAGAGGAAGAGAGAGAGAGAGGAAGGGAUUGAGGAGGCUCCCCGCAAAGAGAGAAAGGACCCCACCGCGUGCCACCCAUCAAAGGCCAUCCAUCUGUACCUAUCAGAGACGUCCAUAGAGAUUGACAGUUCAGAUGGCAUGAUCUCAGAGGCCAGCACCAAAGACCCGAGCUCCUCAGAGGAGGAGGACCAAGACUCAGAUGAAGAUGAAGGUGACAAUUCUGACUAAGGAUGUGGGGUCAGAGAGAGUGGCACAUUGAUACAAAAAGCCUGUCAGGCAGAUUUCUGGUAAGAAAGAUGUGGAGGCAACACAAGGUUAAAGUACUAUGGGUUUGCUGAGUGGAUGAUGGAGAGCGCAAUGUUGAGUGCCAGAGCAAUGCAGCAUGAACAUCUUGAGGAAAGCUCCAUGAGAAUGAGAGGGAAAUGAUGAAAUGAAGUUUCAUUUCAAAGUCCAUGCUAUUCUGAGAGUGACAGCUUUUGCCAGUCUUUUACAGAUGAGAAACAGGCAUGACUUGGUAUCAGGGGGAAAAGUGGUCAAUUUAUUUUAAAAUUGUCCUCUGCUUUGGUUGCGGAUCUUGAUGAUGAGAUACACUGAUGAGCCAAAACAUUAUGACCACUCACAGGUGAACUGAAUAACACUGAUCAUCUCCAAACAAGGGCACAUGUCAAGGUCUGGGUAGAUUAGAUGGUAAGCAAGCAAUCAGUUCUCAUAGUCAACGUGUUGGAUGCAGGAGAAAUGGGCAGGAGUAAAGUCCUGAGUGACUUUGAAAAGGGCCAAAUUGUUAUGGCCAGAUGACUGGGUCAGAGCAUCUCUGAAAUGGCAAGGCUUGUGGGGUGCUCCCGGUCAGCAGUGAUGAGUACCUACCAACAGUGGUCAGAGUGAGGACAAACCACAAACUGGUGACAGGGUGUUGGGUGCCCAAGGCUCAUUGAUCCGUGAGGGCAAUGAAGGCUAUCCCAUCUGGUCUGAACCGAUAGAAGGUCUACUGUGGCACAAGUCACAGAACAUUUUAAUGAUGGUUAUGGUAGGAAUGUGUCACAGUGCAUCGCACCCUGCUGCAUAUGAGGCUGUGUAGCAGCAGACCGGUCAGAGUGACCAUGAUGACCCCUGACCACUGUCGAAAGUGCCUACAAUGGGUAUGUGAGCAGAACUGGACCAUGGAGCAGUGGAAGAAGGUCGCCUGGUCUGAUGAAUCCAGUUUUCUGUUAGAUCACGUGGAUGGCCGUGUACGUGUGCGCCGUUUACCCGGGGAAGUGAUGGCACCAGUAUGCACUAUGGAAAGACAACAAGCCGGUGGAGAGUGCAUGUGCCACCUAUCUAAAGAUCCUUGAAGACCAGGUAGGCCCCUUCAUGGCAAUGGUAUUCCCUGAUGGCAGUGGCCUCUUUCAGCAGGAUAAUGAGCCAUGCCACACUACACACAUUCUUCAGGAAUGGUUUGAGGAACAUGAUGAAGUAUUCAAGGUGUUGCCUUGGCCUCCAAAUUCUCCAAAUUUCAAUCCGAUUGAGCAUCUGUGGGAUGUGCUGGACUGACAAGUCUGAUCCAUGGUGGCUCCACCUCGCAACUUACAGGACUUGAAGGAUCUUUUGUUAAUGUUUUGAUGCCAGAUACCACAGGACACCUUCAGAGGUCUUGUAGAGUCCAUGCCUUGGCAGGUUGGCACUGUUGUUAACACACAGAGGACCAACAGCAUAUUAGGUAGCUGGUCAUAAUGUUUUGGCUCAUCUUUGUAUGACGCAAGGCAAAAGUAAAAGCAAGAGACAACUGACAUCAAACAGUGGUAUUGAUUUGAUAUAUUAAGUAUUAUUAAUUUCACAAGGGGGGAAAUUGCUUUCUCAACUUUUGGAUGGGGUGCAGGCUCACUGACAGGUACAAUAUGGUAACAUGGGAGAAGAAUUUGUGAAACCUACAGUUGGAGAAAGCCCUUACUCCUUCUGACACCUGUUGCUUCAACAUCUGGGAACUAUUUACAGUUUUGUAACUAUAAAACACAAGAUUAAAAAUACAUCGAGGACAGGUGUACCUAACCUUAUGAAUCCUGUAUGGAUCUUUUCCUUUGUUGGAGUAUCCAACUGACCAUAAGCACAUCUUAGGAUGAUGUACAUGCCGUACAUCCAUCAUUGAUCGGCACAGUGGCACAGUGGUUAGCACUGUCACCUCACAGCAAGAAGGUACUGGGUUCAAACCCCGGGGUUGUCCAACCUUGGGGGUCAUCCCAGGUCAUCCUCUGUGUGGAGUUUGCAUGUUCUGCUCAUGUCUGUGGUGGGUUUUCUCCAGUCGCUCCGAUUUCCCUCACCAUCAAGAAAAAAAAAGACAUGCAUGGUAGGUUUAGUACUCCUGUCUGUGCCCCUGCCCGAGGCAAUAGAAAGAUGAACUGGAGUUGGUCCCUGGGUGCUGCACGGCAGCUGCCCACUGCUCCUAGCUACACAGCUAGGAUGGGUUAAAUGCAGAGCAUAAUUUCCCCACGGGGAUCAAUAAAAUAUCUCAACAUCAAAACUUUAAAAAAAAAAGUACUUGGAUUGGCCACUGUAAACUUCCUGAUUUAGUGUCAACACUCUGAAGGUCGGUCUCUACUCAGCAUUGGUUUGGAGGGGUGUGACGUCCGUGGUUACCAUUUGAAUGGGGGAAAAAAGGGCGUUUAAUAGUCUUACAGUUUAACUGCCUGUCAUAUGAAUGAAAUGCCAGUGUUCCUGAUUCCUGAUAACACCCCCUAAUCUGCUAGCAGUUGCGUAUGGUUUUGCCCCCCCCCCCCCCCCACAAUACUUUCCUUGUUUUGCCCAUGUGAGAUCACUUGGCUAAAAAGCACAGAUCUACAGGCCGUGUAUCAGCCCGGUGUGAGAGCUGAAAAGUUGGUUCUCGAGCAACACUUCGUGUUGUGGUGUAUGCGGGAGUUGAACAGCCAGAGAAGCACACAGUCCGAUCUGAAAACCCUGUGACCACAAACAAAUUCCUUAGUGCCCUGUUGUUUCUGCAAGCAUCCCAGAGUAAAACACUAUUACUAAUAAACUAUUUCAAUACAGUGCAUCUUUUUUUCCAUUCUACAGUUGUUUAUUUUCACAGAAUUGUGUACUUUGUUUUUGCAAAACGGAGCAAUGUGGUUUUUGGAUGUUUUUGUUGUUUUGUUUGUUUGUUUGUUUGUCGUUGUUUUUCUAGAUUACACCAGAAGUAUUUUCAUCUUGUUGUUUAAAAUAUAAGUGUCAGUGUUUUUUAUGGAGAUUUUAUAAGAUGAUUUUCUAAUUAAAAUGCUUU